CUUCAUUCUUCAUGCCAUGACCCUUUUGUCUCUCCCUGUGACUUUUUGCCUCGCGACGCCCAGACUAUCACCAUCAGCGAUUACCCCCUAACGAAUCGAUUUUUCUUCAUUUUAACGAAUGCGAUAAUAUCACGAUUCGAUUUAUAUUGAUCACCCAAACGGUAUCGCUACGAGCUGGGGUCAGCGCUGCACUCUGCCACCUUUCGCCCAGGAUUCAACCUCCAUCAUGACUCCGCCAACUGCGAAUCUGAACCUUGACGUUGAGGCGAUCUCGGGCAUUUGCGGUUCUAUUUCUAUUGCCUGCUGGGUUGUCGUGUUCUCUCCUCAAAUCAUUCAAAAUUUCCAGCGCAGCAGUGCUGAUGCCCUCUCGAUCCAAUUCAUCAUUGUCUGGCUCCUCGGCGAUGUUUUCAACAUUCUGGGUGCCGUCCUUCAGGGCGUUCUACCGACCAUGAUCAUCCUCGCCAUCUAUUACACGAUCGCUGAUAUCGUCCUCCUGGGCCAGUGCUUCUACUAUCGUGGUUUUACAUGGCGCGAUGCCCCGACCCCUGCUGCGAAGCCGAACACCCCGGCCCCUGGUGAACCCAACGAGCGCACUGGUCUGAUCGCUCACGAUCGUCAUGAGGAGCGCCGCGGCUCAGACUGGUCUGGCCUGUCACCGGCUGUUCCUCACAUCGCCGAAGACGCUAUUCCUCAAACCCCUACUAUCCUUCAGACUGUGGUCUGGAACACCAUCGUCGUCUUGAUGGUCAUCGCAGCUGGUGUCGUUGGCUGGUUCUUGGGUCAGAAGGCUUCUACUGGCGACAAGCAUGGCGACAAUAAUGCUGGAGGCGAGGAUAGCCUUCACUUCAGUCUUUCGGGUCAGAUCUUUGGAUAUCUCUGCACCGUCGCAUACAUCGCUUCUCGUCUCCCUCAGCUCAUCCUGAACUGGAGGCGCAAGACGACCGACGGACUGAGCAUGCUCUUCUUCCUUUUUGCAUGUCUCGGAAACAUCACUUAUGUCUUGUCCAUCUUCGCCUACGAACCUAAGUGCAAGCACGAUGAAUGCCGCCCUGGUGAGGCCCGUCAUAUUUACGGCAAAUACAUCCUCGUCAACCUGAGCUGGCUCGCUGGCAGUCUCGUUACUCUGUUCCUCGACUUGGGUGUCUUUGCUCAGUACUUCAUGUACAGCAAGCCAGAGAGCACUACUACGCCCACUCGUCAACGAAUCAACGACAACGUCACCGAGGAAGAUGAGUACGAUGACGAUGAGAGUCUCAACGAGGACAACUGGGACCAGCGUCCUCUACUCCAGAGAGGCGACUCUGUCUACCACCCAUGAUCUAAAUUCUAUCUUUUGAAAGGCUCGCGCCUGAUAUGACAGUUUUUUGUUUUGCUUUUUAUUUUCAUUUGUUCUCAUAUCUCCCCUGACUGGUUGGGGCACAUAUAGGAUCGAACAAUGGCAGGCGUUUACUGUUGGAUGAGAAGAGAGAGAAAAAAAAGGAAAAGGAAAAGGAAAAGGAAUCAAAAAUAAAAACUAGCAUCAGGAUUGGGUUGCUAUCAUGAUGGAGUUGGGAACAUGCGAAGUUUAUUCAGAUUUUAGAUCGACUCACCUCUCAGGGGUUAAGUUUGCUCAUAACAUGAAGAUAUAAGUCUACUUUGCAUUCAUAAAGUCGCCAGUAUAUCAACACAAAACGAACUCCUUUUCCUAAUGGAGUAUGAGGGCGAGGGGAAAUAUCGGCAAGUAGCGAUGAAAAGUCAAAAACAUUAUUAUCACGGAACUUAGAGACUGCUCCGCGUUCCUUUAUCG